AUGGUGAAGGAGGCGGCGGCUGUGAGGGAGCGGAUAAUUACCGUGGAGUACCUGGAGCCGACCAUGUCCAGCCAUCUCCUCCUCAAGUUCCCGGACAACUCCGCCUACGACUUCGACUACUCCCAGAGCGGCAUCUGGUCGCCGCUUCUCCCCCGAGGGAGCGCCGCCACUGCCACCGCCGCCGCUGCCAGCGACAGCGCCAGAAAGAAGCCGUUCCGGCGAGAGGAGCGCGAUAAGGCGAAGGGAAAGAAGCUCAGCAAGCUGAAGGGGAAGAUCCGGAAGAAGUUGGCGAAGAAGGGACUAGGGCUCUUCACUGGUUCCUCUUCCUCUCCCUCUCCUGCUCCCACUCCCAAGAAGGUAAUAAUCCCUCCGAUCGAUCCAGAGAAUGGAAAUCGUACCGUAAAUUGAUUGUGUUUUAUGGCCGAGAACUUCCUUCGAUCGACGAAUUCGUAGCAGAUUUCCAUCCAGAGGUUUCGUUUCCACGGAGAUCUGAUGGUCUCCUGGCCGGAAGACGAGGAUAAUUCCUCCUUCCUCUUCCAUGGCCUGAUUUCCUCCUCGAGAUUAGGGUUCCUCGUGAGUUCCUCCCCCUCUCCUGCUCCCUUCCUCAAGAAGGUAACAGUCCCUCCGAUCCAUCAGAGUACGGAAAUCAUAGCACGCGCUGAUGGCGUUUUUGGCCGAGAACCUCCGUCGAUCGACGAAUUCGCUGCUGAUUUUCAUCCAGAGAUUAUGGUUCCUCGCGAGUUCCUCCCCCUGUCUUGCUCCCACGAAGACAAUGAUCCCCCUGAUCGACCCAGAGAAUGUAAAUCACUGCAGAACUUGUCGCUGUUUUUAGCCGAGAAUCUCCUUCGAUCUACGAAUUCGUAGCAGCUUUCCAUCCAGAAGUCUCGUUUCCGCGCCGAUCUGAUGGCCUCCUGCCCGGAGGUUGGGGAUGCUCUCUUUUUCCUUCCUCCCUCUUCCAUGGCCUGGUCUCCUCGAGAUCUGACCCCCUAUGGGCUGAAACUUUCGUAAUUAUAAUUAUACCCUGAAAUUAUAUUUAUCCCUUUUCAAUUGUAUCCUAUAAAUAGGCUUCCAACACUCUUCUGCCCCCCCUCCUGCGAAGUGUUUCUCGCAAAAGCCCUCGGAAAGGUUAGAAUCCGCAAACAUGCCUUUUUGGCGGCGCCAGCAUUAUAUCAUGUUCUAAACAUGCCCAUUUUCUAGGAUAUAUGAGUAAAUAAAAGACAUUUGAGCAUUAAUCAGAUAACAGUGGGCUCUUUUCCGUUGCUUGCACGUGAGGCGUUCAACGAAAUGCCUCUUCCCUUCCACUUUCUGAUCCGAACCCUUCUCAUGUAGGCCGACUUUAUGAUAUAUUAAUAUAAAAACUAUGGUUUCUCAUACAUUUAUUUAAAUUUGUAUUUACCUGCCCAUUUUUUAAAACUUUGCGAAAUUGGUCCAGGUUGAUAUUAAUUUAAAUAAAAACCAUGGUUUCUUAUACAUGCAAGAGACUAUUUAUUUAAAUUUUUAUUUACUUGCCCAUUUGCAAAUUCGGGAAUUUGGUCCAAUCUCAUAUUAAUUUAAAUAAAAACCAUGGUUUUUAUACAUGCAAGAGACUAUUUAAAAUUUUAUUUACUUGCCCAUUUAAAUAUUCGCGAUUUUUUCCCAAUCUCAUAUUAAUUUAAAUAAAUACCAUGGUUUUUCAUACAUGCAAUACAUUUUCAUUUACUUGCCCAUUUAUAAUUUCACUAAUUUGGUUCAAUCUCAUAUUACUUUAAAUAAAAACCAUGGUUUUUUAAAUACAUGCAAGAUACUAUUUACUUAAACUUCGGGAAUAUGGUUCAAUCUCUCGGCUUUCAGGCGUGGGGAAAAGUGCUGAAGGCGGCCACCAGGUGCUUCACGAGGGAGAGAAGAAGAGCCUCCAUCCUCUCCUCGGCGGAUGUCGCCGGAUUCAUAGAGCUCAGUUGA